UCUCCACUGUUGUUCCGCAAUACGAGCAACCAACCCAAGAUUCAGCCAUGGAUCUUGUGCUGAACGUAGCUGACUAUUACGUCCUCACGCCAUACGUGUACCCUGCGUCGUGGCCUGAGGACGGGGCUCUGCGGCAGAUUAUCAGCCUGCUUGUGUUGACAAACCUUGGGGCUGCAAUCCUGUACCUGGGCCUGGGAGCCAUCAGCUACUUCUUCAUCUUCGACCACAAUCUGAUGAAACACCCUCACUUCUUAGAGAAUCAGGUUCGGAGGGAGAUCAAAUAUGCAAUGACCUCGCUGCCCUGGAUCAGCAUCCCUACUGUGGCUUUGUUUUUCGCUGAAGUUAGAGGAUACAGCAAACUGUACGACAGGGUCGAUGAAUCUCCCCUAGGUUGGCCGGGGCUCUUCCUGAGUAUGAUCUCCUUCCUGUUCUUCACUGACAUGUGUAUCUACUGGAUUCAUCGCUUCCUACAUCAUAAGCUUAUUUAUAAGCUGUUUCACAAACCACACCACAUAUGGAAGAUCCCCACUCCCUUCGCCAGCCAUGCCUUUCAUCCAGUCGACGGUUUCAUGCAGGGCCUCCCGUACCACAUCUACCCCUUCUUCUUCCCCCUCCACAAGGUGCUUUACUUGGCCCUGUACAUUUUCGUCAACAUCUGGACCAUUUCUAUCCACGAUGGCGACUACCGUGUCCCCAGUGGCCUGACGGAGGUCAUCAAUGGCUCAGCUCACCACACUGACCACCACCUCUUCUUCGACUACAACUACGGCCAAUACUUUACUCUGUGGGACCGCCUGGGAGGUUCCUACAGGCACCCCUCCGCUCUGAUGGGGAAAGGUCCUCACGAUCUAAUCCGGAAACUUCAAGCAGAGGGAAAGUUAGGAGAUGACAGAGUGAAGGGUAAAGGGCAAGUGAAUGGACAUGCUCAGAGAGGAGUCACAUGUAAAGAGGAGUAAGAGUAGGGGGAAGUUUUGAUUAAUCAGCUCUUUCUGAAAGUGAUCACUAUUUUUGUAAAGACAAUGUGAAACACCCGCACUUAACUGGAAUACAUACUGGAGAAUAAUUUGAGUUCCUGUACUUGCCAAAUAAGCCGUUGUGAGAUUUUGAGUUCUGGUGGAAUAGGUGAAUGUAAAAUGGCUGCCCCUGGAUUGACAUCACUGUAGGCAAGCUUUGGGAUCGCUCCAUUCUCUGACAUACCAAUCAUGCCAAUAGGCAAGAAAGCAGAUCAAUAUCUGGCGCUGGGUUUAUAAUCUUGCAGGGCUUGUUAUUGAAGCAGGGAGCGAUAAAGUCACUCUUUUUGUGUGCGCCAUAGAAGAGUUUGUAGGGAAAAGCUUUUCACAAAUCAAUACACAACAGAGCCAAGAGACUUGAGGAGCAACAAAAGGCUGGAACUAUGUGAGCUGCUACGCUAUCAGUGAAAAGACUCUUUGAAUGGAAGUUUGGCUUUGUGAUCAUGAACUGGGUCUGGUUUCAUCCAAAAUGACUUUGAUUAAAGUUAGAUUUAAUAUGUAUUUCAUCAUUGUAAGUUGAGAGUGAAUCUGAAACACACGGAAAACCAACAACCAUUUUAAAGAAAAAUGAUGGUAAUUUCCAACAAGUCUCAUAAUUAUGGCCAUUCUGACUAAUGGCUACUGCUAAUUACAAAUACACAUAAAUAGAAAAUCAAGCAAAACUAUGUACAGCAUAUCGAGGCAAGCAGGACAAACUGUCAUAGGUAUUCAGAAAUGCUUUUAAAAGACCUUCAGAAAUUGUGCCAACAAUACAUACCAUAUAAACAGACUCAUUGGAAAUAGUAAUUGUCACCUAGGAAACUUCUGAUAUAUUACUGGAUUAGAGUUGGUGAUGUACUCCUCUUAAUUUACUUGGUCUUUUCUGGAGCUGUUUAAAUCACAUUAGUUUUAAGCAAAACCUCAGACCAGCUUAUCUCAGCAGACCAUUAAUUCCGUGGUGGCACUAACUUGGUAUGAUGAGGCUACAAAACCAUUUAUUUUCACUCAAGAAAAUAAAAAAAAUAGUUCAUGGCUCCUUGGUUCCUUACAAGAGUUUUUCAGUAAUCCUGAAUAUAAGGGACUGCUAGGAUAUGCUUCCUUUAAUUACAUUAAAAUGUACUGUUUUUAGUUUUUCUUACACAAAAUUAUACACCGGAUGAAUAUUUAUGCAAAUAAUGUAAGGUAACAUUUCACAGUUCAUGUCUUGCCUCUGUCUGUUGAGGUGAUUGCAUGCAUUAUUUGUAUGAUUAGAGAACACCUUUGCUACCAAUCUUAAUGUGUUGGUACAGAGUUGACAUACUUUUUGGAUAUAAACUGAUAAUAAAUACAAAAAAUGCAACUUACACACUGUUUUCACUUUCUAUUGUCUCUGUGGUUCUAUAUGAAUACAAAAAGUUCAUUACUGACUUUAGGAUUAGCACAAAAAAAUAAUCUCAUUAAAGCUCUUUCUGGAUCUUUUGACUCCACCUCAUGGUCUUCAUCAGUGGAUGGAGCUUGCUUAGUAACCAUGCAGAUGGAUAUGUUCAAACUGAGCUUUGUAGCUGUUUGCAUCCAAGCAUUUUUACAACUUCUAGUCUGAUGUGGCUUAAAGAGUAACCACCAAAGUUAAAUCCUGUUCUUGGAAAUAAUACUUUGACUAAACAGUUCAAUCUCAUUAGGGUUUGUUUGUUGUAUACAACCAAACAAUGACUCCAGAUCAUCCUUAAUUAUAUUUUAAUAAAUCCAUUUAUUUUUAAA